CUGAGUUAAGAGAGGGCUAACUCUUUCUGGUUUUCCUCUUGGCUCUCUAACAGACUUCAACAUCUCAAGCCUCUCUGGUCUGCUGUCCCCAGCGCUAACAGAAAGCCUGCUAAUUGCCUUGCCCCCCUGUCACCUCACCGGAGGUAAUGCCACACUGAUGGUCCGGCGAGCCAAUGACAGCAAAGUGGUUAAGUCGGGCUUUGUGGUGCCUCCGUGCCGUGGGCGCAGGGAGCUUGUGAGCGUGGUGGACAGCGGGGCAGGCUUCACCGUCACAAGGCUCAGCGCAUAUCAGGUGACAAACCUCACACCAGGAACCAAAUACUACAUAUCCUACCGAGUACAGAAGGGGAUGUCCACUGAGUCCAGUCCAGAGACUCCCAUGUCCACGCUUCCCCGAAGAAACAUGGAGUCUAUCGGGUUAGGAAUGGCCCGGACAGGAGGCAUGGUGGUCAUCACAGUGCUGCUGUCUGUGGCCAUGUUCCUGUUGGUCGUGGGACUUAUCAUUGCCCUGGCACUGGGUGCCCACAAAUGAAGGCUCUCCUGCAGCCUAGGCUCUUCCAAACAGGCAGCAGUCACCGGCUUCUCCUCCCUCUCCCUGCCCUCUUCACUGAGUCCAUUCCUGACAGUACCCCUCUCUCUGCUUCCAACACUCCCUGCCAGCCCCCCACCCCCCGAAGUCCCACCAAAGCUGAUUUUUCUCUUAACUGUACUUAAUUCUCACAAUAAAGGCUGACCCACGA